AGAUGGGUCACCGGGAGUUUCAACCGGCGAUGCCACGGCGGUUCUUUCCAUUUACCCCGGCGGUCCUAAACUUGAGAACUUCCUCGGCGGAGGAGCCACAACGACGACAACAAGAUCAAUGCAACAAGUGCAAUCUCUCGGAGGCAUUGUCUUCUCUUCCGACCUACAGCCACAGCUUCAUCCUCCCUCCGCAGCCGAGAUCUACGACUCUGAGCUCAAAUCAAUAGCCGCUAGCUUCCUCGGAAACUACUCCGGUGGACACUCGUCAGAAGUCUCUAGCGUUCAUAAGCAACAACAGAACCCUCUUAUUGUUUCAGAGGCUUCACCCACUCCGAAGAAGAACGUAGAGAGUUUCGGACAACGUACUUCGAUUUAUAGAGGAGUCACAAGACAUAGAUGGACUGGAAGAUACGAAGCUCAUCUAUGGGAUAAUAGUUGCCGAAGAGAAGGCCAAAGUAGAAAAGGAAGACAAGGUGGUUAUGAUAAAGAAGAGAAAGCAGCUAGAGCUUACGACCUUGCAGCUCUUAAGUAUUGGGGUCCUACAACUACGACUAAUUUCCCGAUAUCAAAUUACGAGUCUGAACUUGAAGAGAUGAAACACAUGACUCGACAAGAGUUCGUUGCUUCUCUAAGAAGGAAAAGCAGUGGAUUCUCUAGGGGUGCCUCCAUGUACAGAGGUGUCACUAGACAUCAUCAGCAUGGUCGAUGGCAGGCACGAAUUGGAAGAGUUGCCGGCAACAAAGACCUUUAUCUUGGCACAUUUAGCACUCAAGAGGAGGCUGCGGAAGCUUAUGAUAUAGCAGCGAUCAAAUUCCGCGGUCUAAAUGCAGUCACCAAUUUCGACAUCAGUCGAUAUGAUGUCAAAUCGAUUGCUAGUUGUAAUCUCCCUGUGGGUGGACUAAUGCCUAAGCCGUCCCCAGCAACUGUAGCGGCUGACAGAACUGUUGAUCUAUCUCCAUCCGACACUCCAUCUCUAACGACACCGUCCCUGACCUUCAAUGUGGCAACACCGGUCCAUGACCAUGGAGGAACUUUUUACCACACUGGAAUACCAAUCAAACCAGACCCGGCUGAUCAUUAUUGGUCCAGCAUCUUUGGAUUCCAGGCAAACCCGAAAGUCGAGAUGCGACCAAUAGCAACCUUUGGGCCGGAUCUUCAUAACCCCUCUCCAGGUUAUGCUAUAAUGCCAGUAAUGCAAGAAGGCGAAAACAACUUUGGUGGUAGUUUUGUUGGGUCUGAAGUGUAUAACAAUCAUUCCGCUCAUUCGAGCCCGGUCUCAGCAAUUCCGCUGUCAUCGACAACGAAUGGUAAUGAAGCGUAUGGUGGAAACAUAAACUGGAUUAAUAACAACGUUUCAGAUUCUUACCAAACUGCAAAGUCUAAUCUCUCUGUUUUGCAGACACCAGUUUUUGGGUUAGAAUGAGUUCUCUCAUCUUUGAGACCAAAAAAAAGGAUGUAGGAAAGAUAAAAAAAAGGCUCUGUUUGAAGAAAUCAGAUAUUUUCUU